AUGCCAAAUACCAAGCCCCGCCGACAGCCAUCGGCAUUCGAGCGUGAGCUGAAUUCUGAAAUUCGCGCCCUCCGUAAAGUUCAUAAUGGGAACAAUAACCGUUUGCGUCAUCUUUAUAAUUACAUACACGGACCACGCCCCUCUACCGGUAUCUCUCUCGCCUCAUUCUUGAUGGCUCGGGCGCACCUCCCAACCUCUGAGUAUCCCGACGAGGCCACAAUGGCAAAGAACGCCAUUGCAGAGAUCUUGGAAAUCCAAAGCAAGAUACCAGCACUCCAAAAGGAUUACGAUCGAUUGCUCUCGCAUCGUAGUGCGUUGAGGGCCCAGUUGGAGGACGAGGAGAGGGACCGUGGGUUGGAAGGACAGAUGGUGGAUAAUUCCAACUGUGGGUAUGAGGAGCACCACCAUCUCUUAAACUCCACGCCCGCGGAGGAAGAAACUCUUCAUCAAGCCUUUAUCGCCGGAGACUAUAGCGUCAGCAGCGACUUCGCAGCAAUGCCUGGCCCAUUUGAAGAUCCUUUUCCGGCCAGUAAUGAACAGUACCAAGAGCCACCCGCGGUGCUGACUGCUGAGGAAUGGCACAUGGCCAUGAUGCUGCAGACCGAGCUUGGAAUCGAGUGGACCCCGAACGGCGCCCAGAGCGAGAGUGCCGGAGAACAAGCUUCCGCAAACGACGGGCCCACGCACGAGAACGGCGGAGACACUACGGACUUCGAUACUAUGCGGCAGUUACUCGAGACGUUUCCGGAUCAGGAGGUUGGGAUGAUGGAGCUGUUAAAUGCUUAG